CAUGACCCAUCCCUGGAGCCGGGCGGCCACUACCGCUUCCCGUGAUUCCAGGCCCGGCAGGCAGCUCCACGGGACGCGCUAUGAGAGCCGGGCGCUUCUUCUUGCUGCUGCUGCUGGGGGUUGAAUCAUCAGCAAUAUCUGAGAGUAGAGCAGAGCCAAGAAGCCACAGCUGUGGUGAUGGAGAAUAUCUGCAUCAAGGCUACUGCUGUAAAUACUGUCCUGCUGGUACUUACGUUAGUAAACACUGCAAGGUUCCACGUACUGAAGGAAUUUGUUACCCUUGCACAGAUGGAGAGGAUUAUACUGCUUAUGCAAAUGGCCUGGACGAAUGCAUACGAUGUAAACUGUGCAAAGAAGAUCAAGUAACUGUGAGCACCUGUAUUUCAACGAGCAAUACUGAAUGUCAGUGCAAGCCAGGCUAUUUCUGUCCUACUCUAGGCUGUGAGAUGUGUUACAGAUGCAAGUCAAAGUGCCCAGAAGGGAAAGAAAUUGUACAAAAAUGCAAUGCUACAGUUGACCUGAAGUGUGGCCAUCCUCCCAUAGGGACUGCAACUACUACUGCAGGUUGGAUUGCUGGGGUCAUCGUGUUCAUUGCUUUUGUGGCUGGGUGCCUUCUUUUAUUUAAGAAAAGGAUAUAUAAUAAGAUAAAUAAAGAAAAUAAAGAUGCAGAAAAAGAUGUGGAGUCUGAGGAUAGCACUGAAAUUUUCUUUGCACCUGAAAUGGAGAAUGCUAACACUAAUGCACCCAUUUUAGAGAUCCAAAACUCUGUUCAGAGUCCACCAGUUUUAGCAGUUAAUAGUCCUAAUUCUGCACUAAGAAAUGAAUUGUCUGAGGAUACCAGUGUUGUAUUUUCUGAGAGAAGUGGCCUACUACUAAAUGGUGAAAACAACUCACGGGAAGAGUCUUACCGCAGGACUGCAGGAUAUUCAGCACCAGUAAAGCCUCCAGACAAGCCCAAUUUUGUCUUUUGCCCUGGACAGUCAAAUGGUGGGAUGUUCGUAUCUCAGAUGGUCAGGGAUUCUGAAGCCAGGCCUCAUAUAAUAGUUAAAGAGCUUUCUCAAGAAGCAUUAAUUGAAAGUUUUUAUUAUUUUAUAAAAGAAGUCCCACCACGCAACUGGAACAUGUUUAUGAGAACUCAUCUAACAGAUAAUGAAAUUGCUAAAACAACGUUUGAACAUCCAAAAAAUAUUGAAGAGCAAUAUUAUCAGAUGCUAAUCAUUUGGAGAAACAAAUUUGGAAAUGAGACUUCUGUUAUUAAAUUAUUAGAUAGCCUAUGGAAUAUAGGACUGAAACAGUCUCAUGAAAACAUAGUAAACCAUUUAAUAAGUAAGGAUAUUAUAACUAUACUAGAGGCCAAAAACUAAUGAGUAUACUAUUACCAACAAAAAAAAGAAAAACAAAAGAAUCUGUAAACUCUGUAGAUAAAUAAAUGGAGAUAUACCUAUCUCAUAGAACUGGAAGGGACCCUGAAAGGUCAUCAAGUCCAGGCCCCUGCCUUCACUAGCAGGACCAAGUACUGUUUUUGCCCCAUAUCCCUAAGUGAACUCACAAUCCUGGAUUUAGCAGGCCAAUGCUCAAAUCACUGAGCUAUCCCUCCCCCUCCCCCCUAUGUUUCUAUAUGCAACUUUACUUUAGUGUGUGGUGCCAAUUUUUUUUAUUGUUGAUUUAAGAAAACUUGAAAAUAUCAGCAUAAAAACUACUGGUAAAACAAAUAGAGAAAUGAGUUCAGAUAUCUUCACUGCAACUCAUGUCAUCUAGAAUAGCUGCUUCUCAGAUGUCUCUUACAGGCUCUACUUGUCAUUAGUUAAACGUGACAAUGAUUUGCGUAGCUGUUCACUGAGAAUGUGUCCUGAGCUGUAAGACAUUAAAUAAAGUUGGGUACCCUUUUCAUGUUCAGGUGAGGAAAGGAUAUAAGUGUACGUUAAACUAUAUAAUAAACUUUGAACACUGUUAUGUCUUGGGAAAUGAGAAGUGUAAGGGGAACCUCACAGUAACUGGAUGGAGUGAUAUUUGUUGGUUUUGAAGCAGAUUGUUGUUUUGUUAUCUGCACUGAUAAACAGGACCAAACAGAAUCUUAAGUUAUUUUUUUUUAAUAUGCAAUGAAGAAUGUACUUAUGAGAACAUUGUGAUGUGAAGAGAUUCAUAGAGUUUUAGGUCAGAAGUGAACAUUAGACUAUCUAGUCUGUGAUCUCCUGUAUAACUCAGGUAAUUAAAUUUCACCCAGUUACCUUUGCAUUGAGCCCAUUACGCCUUAGCCAAACACAAGUUAUCUUCAAAAAACAAUCCAGUCUUGAAGACAGCAGGAGAUGAAGAAGUCACCAUAUCCCUUGAUGAUUUGUUCCAAAGGCUAAUUGCGCUCACUGUUAGGAAUUUAUGCCUUAUUUCUAAUUUGAAUUUAUCUAGCUUUAGCUUCUAGACAUUAUUCAUGUAGUAGAGAGAGGCAAAAUAAGAAAGUACCUGGCAUUUUCUCCCCGUGAAGGUACUUAGAUACUGGAAUCAAGUAUCUCAUCUUUUUAAUAAGAAGAAAGAGCUCUUUAAGUCUUCCACUGUAAAGCAUUUUCUCUAGCCCUUGAAUAAUUUGUAGCUCUUUUCUCUAACUUUUUUCCGAUUUUUCAACAUCUUUUUUUAAAGUGUGCACACCAGAGCUACAUGCAGUAUUUUCCAGUCUCACCAGUGCUAUAUACAGAGGUAAAAUCACCUCUCUACUCCCUAUCAUGUUUAUGCUUCCAAAGAUUACAUUGGCCCUUUGCCACAGCAUCACACGGGGAGAUUAUGUUCAGUUGUUUCUUUACUGUGACCUUUAAAUCCUUUUCAUAAUAACUGAUUUCCAGGAGACUGUUCUCCAUUCUGUAGAUAUUGUCUGCAUUCCUUGUUCCUAGAUGUAUAACUUUGCAUUUGGCUUUGCAAAGUGCAUUUUGUUUGAAUGGGCUCAGCUAACCAAUAAACGCUAAAAGCAAUAAACACAACAGUCUAUAAAUCUGUUUUUAACAGUACAUUUAAAUGCUCUAUUGUUUUUAUUGUCCAAUCUAAAUCUUAAAAUGAUGCAAAUAGAAUUGCUACUUCAAACCUACUGUUUAUUAUGUACUUUAUAUAUUUUGCUAUUAAAAUAUUCAUUCAUAAAUGACAGCACAUUUAAAAAAAGUGUGAAAAUCUUUUAUCUCUAAUUUUGAAGGUUUUUUAAUAAUUGGGGACUGUGCUUUUCAAAAUAAUGCUAUUAGAGCAAUUCUGUUUUCUGGGGCUAAAUAAGUUGAGGUAGCCAGAUUAAUCAUAUACUUUUUCCUGUCCUUGGACUGAGCUGAAGAAGUGGCUAGUGACUAUUUGUGGUUAUGGGAUUGUGUGUAAUAUCUCACAUCCUUCAGUGAUGACUUUUUUGUUGAUUAAAUUCACAAAUUCUUUACCAAGGCCUCUUUUAGGCCUGUCUGCGUUAGUGUUUUAGCCACUGGUUUAGCUGCACCAAUGUAUGUAUCUGUGCCAGUGCAAAAUUAUUUCACUAAUGCUGCAAGAUUUCAUAAGAUUAAUGCUUCUAGGAUCUCUUUUUCAGCCCAUAGGGAGAAAGCAUGUUACCAGAUAGACCAGAAUUUAAUGCACUUCAGGUUUCAGUCCAUUUAUUAACUUUUGCUUUGCUGAAGUACUAUAAUAUUGAGGAAUUGUUACACUAUUAAGGGGUAAAUAAAGCAAGAAAAAUCUGAAUUCCAUCACUGCAUCCUUGCAUAUUGUACUGGUAUAGAGUAGUACAAACGAUGUAGUAUCAUCAUCCAGUAAAUAGAUUCCUUUGCUGUCUAGGCAAUUGCCACAAAUGUAACCCUUGGACAUAUAUACAUAUCACAGUAUGUAUGAUACUGGUUAGAGCUUUGGUCCUUGGCCUGUGGGUGGCUUGCAGCCCAAUCAACAUACAGCUGCAGCCCAUGUGACAUCCUCAGGGACAUACAGGUAGUGUAUAUUGUACACAGAGAGCUGCAUAUGUGGUCCACAAUGGUAAAUAGGGUGAGAACCACUGAUUUAGAGGUUUAUAAAUGCUUCCCUCCACUAGCUUGCUUAUCAUGAUGCUUUGGCUAGAGCUGAAACUAAGUAACAUCAGCACUUAAAACAAUGGUUUACUCCUUACUUUGAUUACCAAGGCAGACAAGUAUAGGUAGGGUAGGAAAAGCAAUUUUUUUAACUGUUAGCUACGAAUCAUACUUAGAUAAAGCUGAAACUAAACUAGA